CUGUCAGUACGAGGAUUGGGCGAUAUCGCAGCGUGUAGACAGUCGGAUCUGCAAAAAUAUUCGUCGCAAGCGAUUCGCGCCGCAAUGAAUGGCCUCGAUGAUAGCGGUGACCGUAGGGACGAGGUGGCAAUGGAAGCAAUAAAUGCGUUGAACAAACUGUCGACAAGAGUAGAUAAUGAUCAAUUAGAAUCGAUAUUGUCAAGUGUUUUACUGAAGUUGAGACCGUGCUUUGAGAAGGCUAUGCCGGCGGAGCUUCAAGCUCCAACAGGUACAACCAAGCCGGACAGGCUUUCUGUAGGUGCCAGGAUGACGAUUAUGGAUCCGAAUCCUAGGGCCAACCCGGCUAAAGCGGAACGGUGA